GAAGUUAAAGAAUCUAAACAAAAAUAACGAUUUCCGCGCAGAGAGCUUUUCUUGCAAAGAAGCAGGUAUAAACAGGACCAAACAAAACCCUAACAGUCCGGGUGAGGGUAUACUGAUUAUACUGAUUUGAAGAGAGAAUUGCAUCGGAAAAGCCAUGGAUGCACUGAGGAAGCAGCUGGAUGUUCUUAUGGGAGCCAAUCGCAACGGCGAUGCUCAGGAGGUAACGCGUAAGUACUACGAUCGCGACGUCUGCCGCCUUUUCCUCUCCGGCCUCUGCCCUCACGAGCUUUUCCAACUUACGAAAAUGGACAAGGGACCGUGCCCCAAGUUGCACUCGUUACAGCUGAGGAAAGAAUAUGAAGAGGCAAAAGCAAAUGGUACAGAUAACUAUGACAGGGACUUGGAGGAUAACAUUGACCGACUUAUUGUUGAGUGUGAUCGUAAAAUUGCCAGGGCUUUGAAGAGACUUGAUGACGAGGAUGCUAAAGCAGCUAUUGCAAUUUCAGUAUCAGAAGUUACCCAGACACCCGAGAUUAUUGAGCUAUCAAAACAAAUUAAAGAAAAACUAAAGGAAGCUGAUAAAGCUGAUCUAGAAGGCCAAACAGAUGUGAAGAUUCGAGCUUUGGAAGAGGUUGAAGAACUAAGAACUCAAAGAGCAGACAAGCAGGCAAUGCUUCUUUUGGAUGCUUUCAACAGGGAUCGUGCACAUCUCACUCAGCCAUUGACAAAUGCUUCACAACCCAUGCAAACAGCCGUCCCGGAUCCUCGCAUACAAGAAAUGAUAAACGAGAAGCUAAAGAAAGCUGAAGAUCUUGGUGAACAAGGAAUGGUAGAUGAAGCACAAAAGGCUUUAGAAGAGGCUGAGGCACUGAAAAAGCUCCCUGCUCGACACGAACCACUGAUGGAUUCCAAUAAGUACACAUCCGUUGAUGUGCGCAUUACUGAUCAAAAGCUUCGUGUGUGCGACAUUUGUGGAGCAUUCUUGAGUGUUUAUGACAGUGAUCGCCGUUUAGCUGAUCAUUUUGGUGGAAAGCUCCACUUGGGCUAUAUGCAAAUUCGUGAGAAAUUAGCAGAGCUUCAGGAAGAGAAAAACAAGAAACGAAAAACCUAUGAAGACGGAAGAAGGUCAAGGGAUCGAAGAAGCCGCGACCGUGAAAGGGAAUCUAGCAAGGAUCGUGAUAGGGGUGGUAGCUACGAACGUGGAAGGGAUUACAGUGGCAGGAGCAGAGACCGUGAUAGGCAUUAUGUCCGCGACUAUGAUCGGGAGCGUGAUCGUUCUCGUAGCUACGACUCAAGGAGUCACCGGAGAUCUCGAUCCCGGUCAAGAGAACACUCACGAGAUCGUGAUCUUUACAGCAGGCGUCACGAGCGAUACUAGCCGACGGGAGCUGGUCGACUGGACUAACAAUGAAGCAAUGCAACAGUCAUUGAGCUCUGUAUCUUCUCUCUCUCUCUCUCUCUAUAUAUAUAUAUAUAUAUAUAACUGAACUGAUGACUAUUCUCUUAGGUCAAGUUGCUUGUUUGUUCUAUCACCCUCAUUCUGUUUUAGUUGUGUACUGAUUUUUUUGGCUCAAUUAAACUUUGAGAGUGAUUUUGCA